AUGCUUGAUACUGAUAUUCAGUCAAUAUCAGAGCAAAUAAAACGUGUUAGAAAAUACAUCAAAUUAAAAAUCUUAGAGGACAAUAUAAAUUUUAGAAACCAUGACGAAGAACGAAAACAUGUUUAUGAUUUGAUAACUCGCGUUAUAUUGCAUGGAGAAUCACAUUCAGCGCUUAUUAUCGGCCCUCGAGGAUGUGGAAAGACCACACUCCUUAACUCCGUGCUACACCAAGUCUCCCAAGAAGCUGAUGUGCAGAACGAUGCUCUCAUCAUUAAACUCAAUGGUUUGAUACAUGGUGAUGAAAAGAUUGCUCUGAAAUCUAUUACUGCUCAGAUGCAAUUGGAAAAUGCAGUCGGUGAUCAUAUAUUUGGUACAUUCGCGGAAAACCUCAGCUUUCUCCUGAGUUGUUUGAAAACGGGCACAGAUCGGACAUGUAAAAGCAUGAUCUUUAUUUUGGAAGAGUUUGAUCUUUUUUGUCACAGCGGUCGCACACAGACAUUAUUGUACAACUUAUUUGAUAUCACACACAGUAAACAAGCACCAAUGUGUGUUUUAGGUGUAACAAAUCGUAUGGAUGUAAUGGAAUUAUUAGAAAAACGAGUGAAGUCACGAUUCUCUCAUCGUCACAUAUUCAUGUUUCCCAAUGAGACCUGUUCCGAUCCCUUAACAUCUUGUAAGAGAUUGUUCGUUGAUACAAUGAGCUUACCGACCAGUUUGGGUAAACGGAGGAAAGAUAAAAGGAAAAGAAAGAAAUCUGAAUGUAUACAAGAGGACAUACAAACAGAUAGAUAUGCAGUGCCGAUGGAAGUAAUCAAAAGAUGCAAUAUGGAUGUAACAGACUUUGAAAUAGACUCAACAUUCAUAGAUGAGUGGAACACACACAUACAGGAGUUGGUGAAUGAUGAUAAGUUUAUGGAUGUUUUGGAGAAAUUCAGCUAUUAUACGGUUAAUGAACAGAUAUACAGAAAUGUUAUGUAUCAAAUAAUAUCAAAACUAUCAUCAUCGAAGCCUUACAUACAUGUGAGUGAUGUUUCUUCGUGUGUGGAUGAAACAGUGUGUCCGGAGCACUCGGUAAAGCUGCUCCAAUCUCUAUCUAUCCUGGAACUAUCUCUGGUCAUAGCCAUGAUGCAUGGUUUGGAGAUAUUUGACGGACAACCAAUGAACUUUGAAAUGGUUUUACACAGAUAUACAAAGUUCGCGAACACUAACUCAUCAACCCAGAGCGUGCCCCGGCCAGUGAUUCUCAAAGCUUUCGAACAUUUACAUCAAUUGGAGAUCAUAGUACCUAUCAGAACAGAUAGCACAGGAGACACUACGACCAGCAGGGUACAGAAGGAAUAUAAGUUAUACACUUUGGGAAUCCCUGUCGAGGAUAUUAAGGAGGCUGUCAAAGGAUUUAAGGCUCUACCGACUGAAAUUAAUCACUGGUUCAAUAGUUCAGUUAUGUGA